AAAGGUAGAUGGUGAGGGAGAAAGUGAGCGAGAAGAAGAAGGAGAAGGUGAGUCAGAAUCUCUAUGGGGAAAGCCUAAUGAAGUCUGAAGUGCCUUUACAACAAACGACUUCUUAGCACGAGUAUUCUCAGAAGGAGGAGAGCUCAUGAGUAAUUAUAAAACAGCACGCCGAAUUGACCGAUAUUAGCUAUUGUGGCUACGUUAUCGGAUGAAAAGACGAACUGUAUACUCGUGAAUAAUUCCCCAAACGCGUUUACCACACGACCAUCCGAUUCCCUAUAAACCUAAGCACUUAAUACACUGAGUAAGGCUUGCUCGUAGCACACAAAUGGGGGACAUGGAAAAAGGAAAAAUGACCCUUAUGUACUUACGCGGUACUGUGGACUGCUGACGAACUUGAGCGGAGGCAGUACGUGAGUUCAAACACCGCUGUCACCAGCUAUAAUGGUCUCUCCUUCAGUUAUAAAGAGUCCCACUAUAUUGAAUGACAGGGUCAGAGAAACACACAAUCUUCGUUGUUUCAGUUUAUUGAAGAUGUUCUUGGUGGAGUUGGUAGCAAGGCAGGUAUCUUGUCGGUCAGCUUCCACGGGUUUAUCGGGAUGGUCGGGGCGAGCUAGGGCGUUGGUCCUGACCCUUAGAAUGGCGAAGGUAGUAGUGAGAGCGAGUUAUGGUAGGUCGCUCUCAGGUCAGUUUGGUCUUGUGACCCCUGGCGACCUUGAAGGCGACCUCGAGCCGGACAGAGUAGUCCUAUAUUUAGAACAGGC